CCGGACGAAAUUGCCCUCGUUAUCUUCUACUCGGAAAUUAUACUCAGAGCUAGUAGUAGUAGUUAAAUUUAAUUCAGCUUUCCGUUUGGAUUCUGGUUUUCUUCCCCUCCACGUUUUUCGAUCAGCUGUCAUCACUGAGCUGAUGUUGCACAGAUCUUCACUUCUCUCUUCUUCAAAUCCAAUCUCGCCUCCUAAGCCUUCAGGCGCUUCUCCUCCGCUCGGACUACUCCCUCGCCGGAUCGCCGCUUUCUCCAAUCUCCAACUGACGGUGGCACGCGCGCAAAUUUACAGAACCAUCUGUUCUUCUUCUCUGCGCUGUUCCGGUAAUUCCCUGUGAAACGACUUGGCCUUUACUACUGUUGCUUAAGGGUUAUUGUAGUAAAAUUACACGAUGGAUAGAUGUUUUAGGAAAGGAUAAUUCAAUCUGGAAGUAAUAAAGUACUUUUAUUGUUAUUGGUCAACUCUUAUGCAUCUCCUCCGCCAAGUCUCUGGCGUCUGACUGGUGCAUUGUUGAGUUUGAGCAGCGACGGAGAGUGACUCAGGAUCUGAUCGGAAAAUGGCGUCUCAAGAUGAUCGAGAUCCCAGAAUUGCGAGAAUUUCGUCUGCCAUUCGAGUUAUCCCAGACUUUCCAAAGAAAGGGAUUUUGUUUCAAGAUAUAACAACCUUGCUUCUUGAUAUAAAGGCUUUUAGGGAUACUAUUGAUUUGUUUGUAGAAAGGUACAGAGGGAAAGAUAUCUCUGUUGUUGCAGGUGUUGAAGCAAGGGGGUUCAUAUUUGGCCCUCCUAUCGCAUUGGCUAUUGGGGCAAAGUUUGUUCCUAUGAGAAAACCUAAUAAGUUGCCUGGGGAGGUUAUAUCAGAAGAGUAUUCUUUGGAGUAUGGAACAGACAUAAUGGAAAUGCAUGUUGGUGCUGUACAACCAGGAGAACGUGCUUUGGUAAUAGAUGAUCUUAUUGCAACUGGUGGGACCUUAUGUGCUGCAAUCAAGCUACUUGGUACUUAAAUUUCUUCAUCAUUUGCAAGACAUUAUGCUCACCUUUCCCCCCUGUAAUAUGCUAACAAUGUUUUUUGAAUAAUUGUUUUUGCUCAAUUUCCAGCAUUUUUAUAGAAUCACAUGAAAUUCUGUGGAAGCUAUUGAAAUUUCUGUUCUGGUUACCUUUACUUGCUUUGGUACUGUUGAAUUAUCUCCAAAGAAACAUGCUUUUGACUAGUAACCUGUUGGUUUGAGUAGGAGGAGCUCAGUUCCUUUUAACUAAAGUCUCUGUGUAGUAGUUCGGGAUUUAACCCUUCUCUUGCUCUUCCUAAUGUUUUAAGAAUAUUGCCACCUACUGUGUUAGUUUCUUGUUGCAGAGCGUGUUGGAGUGCAUGUUGUUGAGUGUGCUAGUGUUAUUGAAUUGGCAGAGCUAAAGGGUAGGGAAAGGUUAGGAGAUACACCACUAUUUGUUCUCGUAAGCUCUUGAGCCAACAACUCUAGCUGUAGAAAUGCUUGUUUCCGGGGUGGAGUUUUACUGAAAGCCUGGCAAAUCUUAUUCAAAUAAAAGGGCUGUGUCUUGUGAUAAUGGACAUUCGAAGUUGAAAUAAGAUGUGGGGUCAUAAACUUAUCUUUGGCUCCCAUCCAGUUUCUUUAGAUAGAAAUUGCUGAGGGGACUACGGUCCUGCUCGUUGGAGCUGAUUGAAUCCCUUUUAUGAUAAUGAAAAUGGGUUUGUAAGGCGUUGGUGAGAAGAGAUUCUGUUUCUUACUUUGUAAUAACAGACCUUAAUCCAGAUUUUGAGAUUCUGUUUUUUAA